UGUUGCAUACUUUUGAAAAGGGCAAUCCCCAUAAAAAUUCCACUGAAUUCCCACAAGGGACAUCCAAAAUCCAUAAAUCCCAUAAAAUUCUCAAAUUCCCAAAAAACCCAAAUCCAGCCGCGUAAUCUAUAGAAUCGCCACCGUCCUACACCUACCAAAAGCCGUGUUCACACCUCAACACGUUUUUUAUCAAUCUGCUGUUUUCCUCUCUCUCUCUCUCUUUCCCCAUCUCUCUCUCUCUCUCUCUCCAUACAAGUGUCCAUAUUGAUAUGUUUGUGCGUGUAUAAAUAUAAUAUGAAUGCAUUUCUUCCCAUUCCCAUUUCAUGAUUUUCAAUUUUUGUGUUCACACUCUUGCUUUGAUCCAACAGUUUGAAAGCGAAGCAUACGACUUUCCCAUCUCCUUCUUUGCUCAUUUCCUCUCCUUUUUGCUUCAUCUUCCUCAAGCUCCACAAGGGGUUUGCUGUUAUCUGUUGCUUUUUUGGGUGUUUCUAUAUAUUGUUUGAAUACCCAGUUUCAGAAAUGAAUGAUAGUACCAGUAAUAGGAAGAAAAGGAGGAGGAAGGAUGAGGGUGAAGGGGAGUUGGGUGUGGUGAAGGAGGGGAAGAAGAGGGACUUGAAGGAGAUUAUCACCUCUUUACUGCUGUUGGAAGAGCAGCAGAAGCGUGAUCAGGAGGAGUUCGACAGGACUCUGGAGGAGGAGAAGAUGGUGUUUGAAGAGAAUCAUAAGAAGAAGACCAGAGCCAUGAUGGACUACUAUUCAAAUCUCCAGGACUACUACAAUGAAUUGGAUGAUAUGGAUCAAGCUAGGAGGAAACGCUGCAAUUCAGCCUCUGCCACCACUGCCGCUGCCGCCGGUGCUGCCGGAGCCGCUUCUCUUGAGUUUUCAGACAGUUCAGUCAAGCCUGGGAGUGGUGCAAGAAGGUUAUGGGUGAAGGACAGGUCCAAAGCUUGGUGGGAUGAAUGCAACAAGCCAGAGUUUCCAGAGGAGGAGUUCAGAAAGGCCUUUAGGAUGAGCAGAGCAACAUUUGAUAUGAUAUGUGAUGAGCUCAAUUCAGUGGUUGCAAAGGAGGAUACCAUGUUGAGAGCUGCAAUUCCUGUGAGGCAAAGAGUGGCUGUUUGUAUAUGGAGGUUAGCGACUGGUGAGCCUCUAAGGCUUGUGUCAAAGAAGUUCGGUUUAGGUAUAUCCACUUGCCAUAAGCUUGUUCUUGAGGUUUGUUCUGCUAUAAGGACUGUUUUGAUGCCCAAGUAUCUGCAGUGGCCAGAUGAGGAGACAUUGAGGAGGAUGAAGGAUGAGUUUGAAUCAAUUUCAGGGAUACCCAAUGUUGUUGGCUCUAUGUAUACCACCCAUAUCCCAAUCAUAGCCCCAAAGAUCAGUGUGGCAGCCUAUUUCAAUAGGAGGCAUACAGAGAGGAACCAGAAGACUUCUUACUCCAUUACAGUUCAGGGUGUUGUUGAUCCAAAAGGGGUGUUUACUGAUGUAUGCAUUGGGUGGCCUGGUUCCAUGCCUGAUGAUCAGGUGUUGGAGAAAUCUGCCCUUUAUCAGAGGGCUAAUGGGGGGCUUUUGAAGGGCGUUUGGAUUGUUGGAGGUUCAGGGUACCCUCUAAUGGAUUGGGUGAUGGUGCCUUACACUCAGCAGAAUCUCACCUGGACACAGCAUGCAUUCAAUGAGAAAAUUGGGGAGAUUCAGAGGGUUUCUAGGGAGGCAUUUGCGCGGUUGAAAGCGCGGUGGUGUUGUCUGCAGAAGAGAACAGAGGUGAAACUCCAGGACCUCCCUGUGGUUCUUGGGGCCUGCUGUGUGUUACAUAACAUUUGUGAAUUGCAGAACGAAGAAAUGGACCCAGAACUCAGGAUCAAUCUCAUUGAUGACGAGAUGAUCCCAGAGAUUCCAUUGAGAUCAACAACCUCAAUGAAGGCCAGAGAUGCAAUUGCCCACAAUCUUCUCCACCAUGGCCUUGCAGGCACUGCAUUCCUAUAGUAGAAAAAGACUUUAAUUUUACUCUUAAAGGUUGUAUCCUUUCUUCCUGUAGCUGCUCAUGUUUGUUGUUGAACAACCCCAUACUUAAUUCAUUGUAAUUUGUCAUAGGGACUCUGUAAAAUAUACGUGCCCCUCUGACAAAUCGAUGAACUUAGUCAGACUCGUGUUUUAGGUUUAAGCUAUACCAUAUAGUAUCAUAAAGACAUUCUGCAAUUCAGGUCCCAUACUUGAAUACCAAUUAGGAUAUGAAUGAGGGAUCAAACAUUACAUUAUUCUUCUGUAGUCAAUAAUGGUUCUCAAACCAUGAACUUCUCUAGCAUAUGGAACAGUCCAUUGCAAGCUCGUGUGAAAAAACUACCGAAAAUCCUGCCUCUUUUGCCUAUUGUUAUGUUUGUUACGCUAUGAUUGAGCACGGGAAAUGAUUGGUUCUUUGUCACGGUUCACAAUCAACUGUUUGUGGCAAUCAAAUGUGUCAAUGUCUUGGUGUUUUGUGUUAAGAAAAUGAUGCCAGCUGAGAUUGAGUAA